UUAAGGUGAAGGCAGCCUCUUUUCAAUGUGACUUGCACUCGCUCGACUUGAAACCAGAAGCGAGGUUCAGGGUUUGGGGAACAAGACGAAGAAGGAGAGGAAGAAGCGGCAACUGAUGAGACAGAAAACAUAUGUUGAGAACUUACUUCUCUCUUAGGGUCGUGUUAAGAAUUUUAAUUAAGCUUUGAUCACGUGUCUUGAUAUCUGCCGGUCGGUCCCCUCUAGGAUUGUGCUGUGUGGUCGUGGCAGGAACACGCCCUGACUCCUGGAUAUGGCAGGUCUCCGUGGUGUCAAGAUCCUGCUGCUCUGGGCUGGAAUCAUUGGUUUGGCCAAAUGUUACAGGCCCUAUACAACAGACAAUGCUCCCACCCCUUCGUCCCUGACCUCAACUGAAGUCACCUGGCUCACCACCACAGUGGAUAACACCACCCCAGAUUGUUUAGAUGUCAAAAAUAUAAAUCAAACUGCUCCAACACAAUUUCCUGUAGAAUUUAAAGCAGAAUUACCUCCAAACUGCAACCUCUCCAUUGAUUACACCUGUCAUGUUUCCUAUCCUCGUCGAGACUACUACCCAUGGUUUGACGGAUUCAAUGAGGCUAAGAAUCUAUCUGAGCUGGAGCCUUUCAUGGACUACAAGUGUAUCGGUCUCAUCAAGGACACGAACAAUGUCAACGUAUACAACACAACUGAAGUUAAAGUCCGGAUCAACUGUGGUAAUUACACUGUAAAACCCAUCAAGUUUGGCCUCCAGAUUAACAUCACAAGCUCUGCAGUUAACCCUGUUCCUACCUCCAUAAUGAUUCAUGAAGAAGGGAAACCACAGACUGCAGCAAGAUCCUCAGCUCCUCAUUCCAAUCCAAGUUCAUCCCAUGAAAUCAAACAGCUGAAGCCCUGCACUAAAUAUGAGUUUAAUGUGACACUUGACGAUAAAGACCGACCAACACCCUGCGAACGCAUGACUGUAAAUGAUCCCAUUACAGAUCCAAUAAGUGAACAUGACAUUGAAGAUGCCAACUGCUACUUUACCGUCUGUUACCAAUCUGGAUGGGACAUCAGCUCUUUACAAACGACCCCAGAUAUGAUCCCAGAUCUGCAAUGUGGCAACAACACCGUCUGUUUCAAACCUGGUUCUGAUGACAUUUGCUCUAAUAUGACUUUCACCUUCACAUCCUGCACCAACACUUCCUUUCAGUUCGACAGAAACAUCACCCGCGAUUUUUUAGAUGUCAAAAAUAUAAAACAAACUGCUCCAACACAAUUUCCUAUAGAAUUUAAAGCAGAAUUACAUCCAAACUGCAACCUCUCCAUUGAUUACACCUGUCAUGUUUUCUAUCCUUGUCGAGGCUACUACCCAGAGUUUCACAUAUUCAAUGAGGCUAUGAAUCUAUCUGAGCUGGAGCCUUUCAUGGACUACGAGUGUAUCGGUCUCAUCAAGGACAAGAACAAUGUCAACGUAUACAACACAACUGAAGUUAAAGUCCGGAUCGACUGUGAUCUCAAAAUAGACUUCACAAUUACAAGCACCACCAACACAUCCUCUCAGCUGACCUGCACCACGACCAGUAACAGAUGUAAAGACGUGAUUCAGAAUCUUCCGAAGCUUUCGUUCCUCUGCCGCUGUGGAGAUUCAUCCCAACGUGUAAGGUUGUUAAAUCAGACUUCAGUUGGAACCUGCUACAUUACUGAUCUGCAGCCAUACACGGUCUACACCUGCUGGGUCCAACCCUAUUACCUCAACGACUGGGAAGGCAGGAAUCCUUUUUCUGUGAAACAGAAAACUGAGAUUGGAGUACCUGAGGAUGUACAUAAUCUGAAGCUGGAGGUCAAAGACCAUAAUACGAUCAUUGUGACCUGCAAUCAUUCUCAAAUCUUCAAUGGACCUGAGAGAAUAUUCAAAGCACAACUUCAUUAUGGUGGUAGCUCUGUGGAAAGAAAUGAUGAAACAUGUGAAUUUGAAUUCAAGAACCUGAAGUACUCUACGAACUACACAGUGAAGGUGACUGCUGUCAACCGUCUGUUUGAGAGCAACCCCAUCACAAAGCAAAUUUCUACUGAAUAUGUCAAUGCUGGAAUGGGUUUUCACGUCUUCCACAUCCUCCUCACGUCUGGAGCUCUGCUGCUCGUCGUCUACAAGAUCUAUGACUUGAGGUUCAGGAAGUCCGAGUGAGAAUGAUUCUGCAUAUAUCUUACAUCGGUGUUUUUUGUCAGAUUGCCUCAGGGUUUUGUUUUUAUCAUUUUAUUUAUUUAAGAUGAAUAAACCUGCAGAUUUUGUUCCACUGAUAAGAAAAUAUCUUCUUAUUUACGUUACAAGAAUAGUUCUAUCACCGCACUUCACAAAGGAACAUCAUCAGUGGUACUCUGCUCUGUAUUUCACAUCAUCUAAUUAGGGCCCGAGCACUGACAGGCAGUGAGGCCGUAUUGAAAUUCUAAGGAUUGUUAUUUAAAAAAAAAUUCCAGGCAAAUUAAUUGUCUUUUUGAGUACUGCUUUAACAUGCUCAAAUUCUUUCCCAAAAUGUUCAGAAAAUUUGAAAGUGGUGAAAAUGAAGGUGCCACCUGUGUAUUUUGAGAGCUGCUUCUUCAGAUAAGCUGUACAACUACUGAUUAUGCGAUGUAGUGUUGUAUAAAUGUUUGUUGUUUUUAAAUAAUUUAUAAAGCAAUAAUCUGACACAGCAUUCAAUCAACACUUUUCAGUUAAGAUCUUUAUUCACCCCCAACAACAGAAAGAAAAAAUCCUUGUGGCAAAGCACCGUGGAAACACAUAAAAAACAUGAACCUUUCCCAUUGUGUUUACAUUUUAGAAUAUAGGACAAGAUAGUGAAUGUCCCUUGUACGUUUGAAGAUUUAUUCAUUUUAUUUGGUCACCAGCAGUUGUGUUGUUGACUUGACUUGGCCUGAAAUCUUCGAUAAGAGAAAAAGCUUUACCCCUGAGUUGAGAACCUUUUCUACCAUGUUUUCCUGAAUGCAUCAUGAGACGGGGAGCCGCAGUUGUUGGGUUUCUAUUUUAGAGAAUGAAGAGUUUGUUUUCAGUCUGUCCAGCAGAGGCCGCUGUUACCUGGAGAUCCCGGCAGGAGAUUUAUCCUCAAGAACAAAACAACUGAAUAACUUUGUUCAAGCAAAUUCAAACAUUCUGAUGAGAAUCUAGUUUCAGGAUCAGACUUUAAAAACCAGCUGGGAUCCAAGUCAGACCUUAAAAGAAAUCAACGAAUUUAAGUAGAUACAUGUAAAUGUUCAUGUGUCGUAUGUUUGGCAUCUUUCUCAUUGUUCUUCUUUUUUAAGCAGUGGUCCAUCUCCAGGCUUUAUCAUAUAAAAGUGAAUAAUGAGUUGCUUCGAGAAAGCUUUUUGGUUCUGAGUGAAGUUCACAGCGGUUUGUUGAAAAGCUUUUUGUACCCUGCACCGAUAUUUGACUGAGAAACACAUGUUUGUUAUCUCUCUUAUUGAGGUAACUUAAUGAAGUGAAAGUUAAAGCUGUUUUUAGAGCCGCAGUGAACUCUAGACAUUUUCCUGAAAUAGCGGAGGAAUGUCCGGAACAAUCACAGCGAGCGAGAGUGUGUGUUUGUUGAUAACUUUCGUGACACGGGACGCAUGAAAAAUAGUUCCUGUUGUAGCGAAGACAUCGGACCCAGACAAACCUGAACAUGAGCUCAAUAAAUCUCCUUUAAGCCGCCGAAGAUUUUAGCAUUUUUUUUUGUUUUAGCUUGUGACCUUAGAACGAGACUCUGCAGAGUUGAGACGUUACUCUUUGACCUCGAUCUUGCAGGUGGUCUGGAUGUCCCUGAAGGUGGAGCAGUCGAAGACGGCCGUGAUCGUCUUCUUUCCCGUCUUGUAGGGAUAAAAGAAGAUGUUGAUACGGACCUGUUGUUUUGGUUCCAGGUCCGGGAGCCUGUGAGAGACGCAGAGGACCAUGAGGAGUUCUACAUUUACAGCAGCAGCGUUUAUUAGCAGCAUUAAACUGGAAAACCUUUCAAUAUGGCAACUAAAGCUGAGAGUCGAUCAACAAAACUCAUUUAAAAUGUGCUGGUUUUACAUUUGCUUCAUUUGCUUCAUCAGCUGCGAGUUUAACGUUUGACAACAUUAACUUCUUUUGUUUUGUUGUUUUUCAUAUCUUUUAUUUUUUAUUUCUUUGAGUCCUGACGAUAUAUAGAGAAAUUUGAAAUUAGUAAUAAAUGUAUAAUAUAUAGAGAAAUCUGAAUUUUUGUGUCGAUUAAUAAUUGAAGCACGUGAAAACAAAUAAAGCUUUUUUUUAA